AUGGCCACCGUUGUAGGCAGCUGCAGCCUUGCCACGCCAGACACAACACAACCGCAAGUGGCACACAAGUGGCACAGCGCCGAACGCGACAAGCACGCAUCUCGCGCUUUCUCGUGCUUCGCGAAAGCUGUCUUCCAUCUGGCACGCGUGACAAGCGCCGGUAGAUUCUCUGGGAGCAGACCCGGCCGCCGUGACAAGAGACAAAGAGGAUGUGUAGCCACGCAGGCCUGUCCAAUGCGCUGCUACCUGUCGACGACUGUCCGGCAGCGACACAAGUACGAUGGGCGAUACCCAGCGCGAGACGAGAGCGCGAGCGCGCAAAUCAAAGCACGCAAAGCACGCAAGACAAACAAGAGCAGGGACACGGAUGGGCCACGGCCCCAACGCCAGAGACACCCAAGUCGCGGGCUGCGGAUCUUUGGGUGGCAGGCAAACACGUAUCUUACCUCUGUUGCAAUCGCAAAGCUUCCACCGGGUGCAAUAUGCGCUGCAAGGACGUGGGGUUUCGGCGUAGUGCAGAAAACGCGACGGGAAGUGGGAAACGGGGUCGAUUGGCAGAUGCCGACAAGACGAGAGGCAGAGCGCAAAGGCGGAGCGAAGAGAGUCGGUGAAAGAGAGGCGUGGCGCGUGGAGAUGCAAAACGAGGACGAGAAGGGUGUGUUUGGUGAGGUUGCGAGAAACGACGACAAAAGAAUGCGGCAAAGCGGGUCAGUAUGUCGAGCUGCUGCUGUUGUGCUGUGA